CCUCCACAGAGAGAGAGAGAGAGGGGCGCGCACAGCUUUCGGUCUCCACAGUGAAGAAACGACGAAAAUGGCAUGAAUGCGAUGAUGACCAUGAUUCUAUAGUUACCAAUUCGUUAGGGUUUUUGGAAUCCGAAUCGACGAGCAAUUUCCGCCAUAGCCAGAUCUUCUCACAGGUGUUUAUAAUGGCGUCGUCUCCGUUCUCUUCGCUGCAACACUGCGACGGCGCAGGAGGAGGCGGGGUUGCUGUAAUGGCGAAUCCAUUGAAUGCGGUGGACUCUUACUCUUCUUCUUCGGCUUCGGGUUCUGGAUCCCCUCUUAGUGUUUCCGCCGCGCUCGACUCACCGAUCCUCAUCUUCCUUUUCUUCCACAAAGCCAUUAGAGCCGAGCUCGAUGGGCUUCACAGAGCCGCCAUGGCUUUUGCCACCAGUGAGGAGUAUGAAAAUAGCGGAGACGUGAUCAAGUCUCUGUUGGAGAGGUACCAUUUCCUCUGCGGUGUGUACAAGCACCACAGCAAUGCUGAAGAUGAGGUUAUAUUUCCGGCACUCGAUAUGCGUGUGAAGAACGUGGCACGGACAUACUCCCUUGAACAUGAGGGAGAAAGUGUGCUUUUUGAUCAUUUGUUUGAGUUGCUAAAUUCAAAUAUGCAAAACGAAGAGAGUUACCGGAGAGAGUUAGCAUCUCGCAUGGGAGCUCUUCAUACUUCGAUUAGCCAGCAUUUGUCCAAGGAAGAGGAGCAGGUGUUUCCAUUACUCAUCGAGAAGUUCUCCUACGAUGAGCAAGCAUCGCUAGUAUGGCAGUUUCUCUGUAGUAUUCCUGUCAACAUGAUGGCCGAAUUUUUGCCAUGGCUUGCUAGAUCGUUGUCCUCUGAUGAAUAUCAGAAUAUGCACAAGUGCUUGUGCAAGAUAGUUCCAGAAGAGAAACUUCUCCAACAGGUUAUUUUCAGCUGGAUGGAGGGGGCACAAGAUUGCCAUACUUGCAAACAUUGUGUGGUCACACAGAAUGUUUCAGUGGAUAAUGUAUCAAGGAAAACAAUGGAGAAUUGCUCAUGUGAAUCUUCCAGGUUGGGUAAAAGGAAACAUAUCGAGUUAGACAAAAACCCUGCUAAUUCUACUCUGUCCUGCCCAAUUGAUGAAAUACUUCUUUGGCACAAUGCAAUGAAUAAGGAGUUGAACGAUAUAGUGAAGGCAGCUAGAGAGAUUCAACUUUCAGGAGAGUUUUCUGACCUUUCUGAACUCAAUAAGAGACUGCAUUUCAUUGCGGAUAUUUGUAUCUUUCACAGCAUUGCUGAGGACAAAGUUAUAUUCCCUGCUGUGGAUGAAGAACUCUCUUUUGCCAAGGAACAUGCCGAAGAAGAACUUCGGUUUGACAAGCUCAGGCUCCUAAUUGAAAGUGUUCAGAGUACUGGAACCCAUUCUUCGUCUGAUGUGUUCUACACUGAAUUGUGUGCACAUGCUGAUCAAAUAAUGAAUAACAUACAGAAGCAUUUCUGUGAUGAGGAAAUUCAGGUACUUCCUCUUGCACGAAAACAUUUUAGUCCUGAAAGGCAGCGGGAACUUCUGUAUCAAAGUCUAUGUGUGAUGCCAUUGAAAUUAAUUGAAUGUGUGCUACCAUGGUUGGUAGGGACCUUAAGUGAAGACGAAGCUAAAUCUUUUCUUCAUAACAUGUACUUAGCAGCUCCGGCAUCGGACUCAGCACUGGUUAGACUCUUUUCUGGUUGGGCAUGUAAAGGUCGUUCCGGUAAUGCCUGUUUGUCUUCCAGUGCAUUAGGCUGUUGUUCUGCAAAAAUGUUUACUGGAAACAAAGAAGAUAAUAGUUGUACAUCCUGUGCUUGCCAUAGUCAAGUUUUUAAUGGGGAAGCAGCUUUUCCGAUCAAAGCAGAUGAAAUAGAUGAUGACACACGGCCUGUAAGACAUAGAGACCCAUCACUGGGAGAUGCACUAGGAGAGGAAAAUGGGAGAAAGUUAUUUUGCGGGAAUCAAGCUUGCUGUGUGCCAGGGUUAGGUGUAAGCAGAACUUAUCUGGGAACUAUUUCUCUCGCCACUGCAAAAUCAAUGCGCUCUCUAUCUUUCAGUCUCACUGCUCCUCUCAACUCCAGUCUUUUUAAGGAGAUGGAUCUCAUAUCCAGUGACACUGGUAAUACAUCACGACCUAUCGAUAAUAUAUUUAAAUUCCACAAAGCCAUACGCAAAGACUUGGAAUAUUUAGAUGCUGAAUCAGGAAAGCUCAGUGAUGGAGACGAGACAUUCCUUAGACAGUUUACAGGUAGGUUCCGACUUUUAUGGGGUUUAUAUCGGGCUCAUAGCAAUGCUGAGGACGAUAUUGUGUUCCCAGCAUUGGAAUCUAAGGAGACGCUCCACAAUGUUAGCCACUCCUACACUCUUGAUCAUAAGCAGGAGGAGCAAUUAUUCGAAGAUAUUUCAUCUGCGCUUUCUGAUCUAAAGAAAUUGCAUGAAGGCUUGAGCAGUCCAAAUUCUUUAGAUUCUUCAAAUCAAAGUGAUAUUAUCAGGAAGACAAAUGAGAAAGCUACACAACUUCAGGGAAUGUGCAAGUCCAUCAGAGUAACACUAGAUCACCAUGUUUUCAGGGAAGAAUGUGAACUGUGGCCAUUGUUUGAUAAACAUUUUUCUGUCGAGGAGCAAGAGAAAAUUGUUGGUCGAAUCAUUGGGACAACUGGUGCGGAGGUGCUUCAGUCAAUGCUGCCUUGGGUUACUUCUGCUUUGACUCAGGAGGAGCAAAACGAAAUGAUGGAGACAUGGAAGCAAGCUGCUAAAAAUACAAUGUUUAGUGAGUGGCUUAACGAGUGGUGGGAGGGAGCCGAAACCACUCCUAAUACAGUGACACCUGGUAGUUGCGUAUCGUUAGACCUCCAGGAAAAGGUGGAUCAUAGUGAUCAAACGUUUAAACCCGGAUGGAAAGAUAUAUUCAGGAUGAACCAAAAUGAGCUUGAAGCGGAGAUCAGAAAAGUUUCAAGGGAUCCGUCCCUCGACCCUAGAAGAAAAGAUUACCUUGUUCAAAAUCUUAUGACCAGUCGCUGGAUAGCUGCACAGCAGAAGGCCCCUCAAACAGGAACCGGAGAUGGUUCAAAUGAUGACCCACUUGAUCGUUCUCCUUCAUUCCGUGAUCCCAAUAUGCAGGUGUUUGGAUGUGAACAUUAUAAGCGGAAUUGCAAACUCGUUGCUGCUUGCUGUGGGAAGCUAUACACAUGCAGGUUUUGCCAUGACAACGUCAGUGAUCAUUCAAUGGACAGGAAAGCUACAACUGAGAUGAUGUGCAUGAAAUGCAUGAAAAUUCAACCCGUCGGUCCAGUAUGCAUGACACCGUCGUGUGGUGGGCUCUCAAUGGCGAAAUACUAUUGCAGCAUCUGCAAGUUUUUCGACGAUGAAAGGGAUGUAUAUCAUUGUCCAUUCUGCAAUCUAUGCCGCGUUGGAAGAGGACUGGGUGUUGAUUUCUUCCACUGCAUGAAAUGCAAUAGCUGCUUGUCGAUAAAACUGGUGGACCAUAAAUGCCGAGAGAAAGGCCUGGAGACUAACUGUCCUAUCUGUUGUGAUUUUCUUUUCACAUCGAGCUUAUCCGUGAGAGCUCUCCCCUGUGGCCAUUUCAUGCACUCGGCUUGCUUCCAGGCAUACACAUGCAGCCAUUACACAUGCCCGAUCUGUAGCAAGUCCAUGGGAGACAUGGCGGUAUACUUUGGCAUGCUUGAUGCUCUUUUGGCUUCUGAAGAACUACCAGAAGAAUACAGAGACCGUUUUCAGGAAAUGCUAUGCAACGAUUGUGAGAGGAAGGGGAGGUCACGGUUUCAUUGGCUAUACCACAAAUGCAGCUCCUGUGGAUCGUAUAAUACUCGAGUUAUCAAGAGUUAAGAUUCAUCAAACCGGUUUCUGCUUUUUUUUUUUUUUUUUGAUUCGUGAAAAGAUGUUCUUUUGGUCUUUGUAAGCCAUGCCACUUUUGGUCUCAAUACAGUGUUAUAAUUAAUUUUCAGACUAGUUUAGCUUUAGAGAGAGUGUUGUUUGUUGCCAUAAACUUUGUCCGAUCACUUGGUUAAGAUAUAUACUUAGUGGAUCUAUAA